CUGAGCGGCGCGGCAGGGCUAGGGAGACGGGCGGGGGGGCACCGAGGCCUGCCGGGGUGCCCCGGGAAGCGGCCGCGCGUCAGGCCUCUGGCCCGCGACCGAGUCCCGGCGCAUCUCUCUCCUGCCGGGUCGCCCCAAGCUUAGGGCGAGGGUUUUGGAUCGGGGAGGGGUCUGCACGCAAGGGCAGAGACCCUUCCCUCUCCGUCCAUUGGGUGUCCAGAACUUGGCUCCAAGGAAAAGGCUUAAAAUUGAGGGCGAAGGAGGGAGGGGAUGUGGUGGACCCGAACAGGUUAGCAGCCGUUACUUUUUUGGACUUCUUCCGUUUGAUAAGAGUGACAGCUAACAAGUAUUAAGCACUUACCAUGUCAGCGGCCCUGCGGUAAGCGCUUUGCAUGCGUUUCUCUGUUUAAUCCUCCCCACAUAACUUUUCUGAUUCCGAUUUGGUAGGUGAGAAAUGGAUUAGCGGAUUAGUUCAGUGACUCGCCCAAGGUGACACAGUUGCAGAGCCGGAACUUCAGUUCUGGUCUUUCUGUCAGCAUAGCCAAUGUCCCUUAACCAUUUCACUGCCAAGGCAGUAUGGGUAUGUUUUUCUCGAGGCAUGUAGCUCAAGCAGGUAGUAGAAUAUGCUUGAUUAGAGAGACUUAGGAAUGUGAUGUUGAAUUCAGUUUUCUUUUUUUCCUUUAUAUUUCACGAAAAUUUAGACCUUGGUUUUAUAUUAGAAUCCUGGGCAGAAGAAAAUGCAUGAAUUAAUUGUACAAAAUUGCCAUGGAAGGCUAUAGCAGUGAUGCUUUUCAAGAGGUUAUCAGACAAACGGGCUGUUAGCUGAGUUCCUUCACUGUGUGCCAGUUAGAUGGCACACUUACUGUGGACUUGAAAAGAGAUAUGAUACACAGUCUGGUACUUGAGAAGGUUUAUAAUCUCUAUGAAGCAAAAGGUAGUUGAUUUAGGACCUGAUAAGUUAAUGCUAUUAUUGUUCUAAAGAGGGAUUGAGGUAAAGCAUUGUGAAAUGGAUCUGGAGACAUCCAAAAGCAUACACUUAGGAUGGGGUUGUGGAAGAGAAGACCUAGGAGCAGAGAGUGAGGAAGAAGAUGAAAUUGAAAUGGAAGUUGAAGACCAGGAUAGCAAAGAAGCCAAAAAACCAAACGUCAUAAAUUUUGACACCAGUCUGCCAACGUCACAUACAUAUCUGGGCGCUGAUAUGGAAGAAUUUCAUGGCAGGACUUUGCAUGAUGACGACAGCUGUCAGGUUAUUCCAGUUCUGCCACAGGUGAUGAUGAUCCUGAUUCCUGGGCAGACCUUACCUCUUCAGCUUUUUCGUCCUCAGGAAGUCAGUAUGGUGCGGAAUUUAAUUCAGAAAGACAGAACCUUUGCAGUUCUUGCAUACAGUAAUAUACAGGAGAGGGAAGCACAGUUUGGAACAACAGCAGAGAUAUAUGCCUAUCGAGAAGAACAGGAUUUUGGAAUCGAGAUAGUGAAAGUGAAAGCCAUUGGAAGACAAAGGUUCAAAGUCCUUGAGCUAAGAACACAGUCAGAUGGAAUCCAGCAAGCUAAAGUGCAAAUUCUUCCUGAAUGUGUGUUGCCUUCAACCAUGUCUGCAGUUCAGUUAGAAUCCCUCAAUAAAUGCCAGAUAUUUCCUUCAAAACCUGUCUCAUGGGAAGACCAGUAUUCAUAUAAAUGGUGGCAGAAAUACCAGAAGAGAAAGUUUCAUUGUGCAAAUUUGACUUCAUGGCCUCGCUGGCUAUAUUCCUUAUAUGAUGCUGAAACUUUAAUGGAUAGAAUCAAGAAACAGCUACAUGAAUGGGACGAAAAUCUAAAAGAUGAUUCUCUUCCUUCAAAUCCAAUAGAUUUUUCUUACAGAGUAGCUGCUUGUCUUCCUAUUGAUGAUGUAUUAAGGAUUCAGCUCCUUAAAAUUGGUAGUGCCAUCCAACGACUUCGCUGUGAACUAGAUAUUAUGAAUAAAUGCACGUCUCUUUGCUGUAAACAAUGUCAAGAAACAGAAAUAACAACCAAAAAUGAAAUAUUCAGUUUAUCCUUAUGUGGACCAAUGGCAGCUUAUGUGAAUCCUCAUGGAUAUGUGCAUGAGACACUUACAGUGUAUAAAGCUUGCAACUUGAAUCUGAUAGGCCGGCCUUCUACAGAGCACAGCUGGUUUCCUGGGUAUGCUUGGACUAUCGCCCAGUGUAGGAUCUGUGCAAGCCAUAUUGGAUGGAAAUUUACAGCCACCAAAAAAGACAUGUCACCUCAAAAAUUUUGGGGUUUGACUCGAUCUGCUCUGUUGCCCACAAUCCCAGACACUGAAGAUGAGAUAAGCCCCGACAAAGUAAUACUUUGCUUAUAAACAAAUACAGUAGAGAUAAAGUUAUUUAUCUAGUUGGUCUUGUAAAAUCAGAUCUGCUUUGGAAAAUUACUGCUUUUGACGCAUACCUAAGUAAAAAGCAACAUUACGUGGAAGGUUGCAGUUUCUUAGUCAAGGGUAUUUGAAGAUUUAAAUUAAAAUAUACUAUUGAAAGGGAUGAAAAGCAGUCUAGAAAACUUGGUUUUUAGGAGUAUCUAGCUUGGUACCAUUAUACUCUGGCCUGCUAGGAUACGAAGACCUCUUAGCAAAGGGAGGAGAUGGGUUUUCUUGCGCCAAACAUAUUUGUAAUUCCCCUAACUCGAGGUUAAUCAUUUGCUCCUGAUACAUGGAACCAACAGCAAGUUUUUAGAAGUUCCCAAAGCUAGGGUGCCAAGUACAUGUUCCUUAAAAGAAAGAGAGAAAAAUUUUCUUGAGUUUCUCUCACAUUGAUUUGUAAAUUCUGAAAAUAUUAAAGCGUUAAAAUAUGCA